AUGACGACUCGUUAUCGCGUUGAAUAUGCCCUUAAGACCCAUCGUCGGGAUCAACUGAUAGAAUGGAUUAAAGGCCUCCUUGCGGUCCCCUUUGUGCUGCAUUCCCAACCGACUGUCACAUAUCAAGCAACAGGACUACAGACAGCUGCGGCCGACACCUAUCAACGAUAUGCAGAGAUUAUGCGAGAUGUGGAAAACUUAAUCAUUGAUCAUAGUAAGAAUAUUCUAGGCAACAUGAUAUGCCAUUUCGGAGAUUCGAGACUCGGACUUACCAUUUACCCCCCCGCAGUUCAGCAUCAUGAACGGAAUUCCCCCGGAAAGUCCAAGCUCAAGCUUCUAGUUCCUUCAGUGGGGACUUUUUUCACCAAAUUACAUAUCGAGGAUGCCUUCAAGUAUCAGGAUAACCGAAGAUUUAUCAGUCGACGAAGAUUCGUGGCGCCCUCGUUUAACGAUAUUCGACUUAUCUUGAAUUCGGCCCAACUACUAGGCCUGGUUCGGUCUAGUGAAGUCGAGCUCGUCACCUUCGAUGGUGAUGUAACUCUAUAUGAUGAUGGUGCCUGUCUGACUGCAGAUAGUCCGGUCAUUCCGCGAAUCCUGCGGCUCUUGGAACAAGGCCGCAAAGUUGGUAUCGUCACCGCUGCUGGCUACGAGGAUGCGCCAAAGUAUUACGGUCGCCUACAAGGUCUCUUGGAUGCGGUUCAUGACUCGACUACGUUGACCCCAACCCAGAAACAGGGUAUCAUUGUCAUGGGUGGCGAAAGUAAUUUCCUAUUUCGCUUUGACCAGGACUCCGAUGCCCGUUUGGUCUACGUACCCCGAGAUCAAUGGCUGCUAGAGGAUAUGCGAGCCUGGGCUGAAGAUGAUAUCAAAGAGCUCCUGGAUCUCGCUGAAUCGGCCCUUCGGGCGUGUGCUGCUAACCUUGAUCUUCCAGCUGCUAUAUUACGGAAGGAUCGAGCUGUGGGGGUCUACCCGGUAAACGGGGCAAAGAUCAGUCGCGAGCAGUUGGAAGAAACAGUUCUUGUGGUCCAGAACACGGUAGAGAGGUCUACUGUCGGCUCACGACUGCCUUUCUGCGCUUUUAACGGCGGCAAUGAUGUGUUUGUAGAUAUCGGUGAUAAGUCUUGGGGUGUUCGUGUCUGCCAACAGUACUUCGGUGGUAUUGACCCAUCCAAGACUCUACAUAUUGGUGAUCAGUUCCUGUCUGCUGGAGCCAAUGAUUUUAAGGCUCGCCUAGCAUCAACUACAGCUUGGAUCGCAAGCCCCAGCGAGACUGUGGAUUUGUUAGAUGAGCUGGAAACUUCAGUGAAUCCAUCCUAG